ACAUUCCAUGUUUCAUAGUUCUUAAGACAAACACAUGGUUCUGUUCAUUCACUAAACUCAAUAACUUGUUCAACGAUAUCUUUUUCUAAUAAUAACACUCACAUUCGAUGGGGCUUUGUGGAUGUUAUAUGAUUAUACUGAUUAGUAGCACUUCGUGACUCUCUAUCGUCAUCUCAGCUUUGAACUCACGUUUCUUUGAUUUUUAGUAUUGAAAGUAAGUUAAAGAGUAUGAACCUAGACCUAGGAUGUGUUGGUAUAGCAAAAAACAAUAUUUUCUUUGUUAGUAUCAUUUUCUAGUGUUUGGUUGAAAGUGUUGACAGAUAGAUAUACACAGCUGAACUGGUGUUUGGUACUUAAUUCUGCUUAAAAUAAAUUUAGAGACAACACACAAUGUGAGAUCUUGUUUAUAUAAAAAUAGUAGAUAGGUUUUCGUCGAUAUCACUCAUGUUCACCAAACGAUGGCGAAAACAGUACCUACAAGGAAGAUUCUUUAAAGUUUAUAUCUUUAGAUUUUUUUUAUUUUUUUUUGAGAUUCAAACUUAUAUAAGUCUUUUAGAAAUUGAGGUCAUGCUAAGGUAGUGUAAUUUGUGAGAUGUUAUGAUACGAAAAUACAAGUUUAUGUUCGCGAAAAAGUUAUUUGUUAUGAGGGUUAUAUAUUAAAGAUCUAACACAAAAUAGGGGCAGAUGAAACCCCAACAAAUAAAGCAGAAGGUGACGAAAUUUGGUGUCCAACUUCUUUAAAAAAAGAGUAUCCAAUCAUUCACAAUGAUUGAUCACAUCCAACAAUUACCAAAAAAAUAUUCAACUUAAGAAAUACUGAUGAAAAAAUUGUGACAACUAAAUUAAAAAGAAAAAAAUACAAAUGCUUCAAGGUAAAGGAAAAUACCAUUACUUCUUCUUCACUCAAAAAAAAUUCAGUGAGGAAAUUUAACACAUGUCACAACAAAUUAUUAUAAGUCUCCCUUUAGGUAGAAAAAUAGUGACAUAAAGAAAAGAACAUAAUGCCCUCUUCUGAAAUUGCUUUUCCUCUGCUUCUUUUCUCACCAAAAACUCGUCUAAAAAAGACACUUUUACACAAAUAUUGCAUAGCUAUGAGAUUUACAAAAAGAAAUAUCAUUCCACUUCUUGUUUUCAUUUUAUCAUUUGCUUCCAUUCUCAGACUUGUCAAGAUUUCUGUUAUCACAUCAUAUUCCUCUCCAAUUUUCUCUGCCUUGUCUCUAGUUGAACACAGCCACAACCCCCUCGCGGAGAAAGAAAUCAACUUUCUCUAUGAUCUUGUAUCGCGAAAAUCCCCCUGCAAUAUUCUUGUUUUCGGGCUUGAAACACGGUACUCUUCUCAAAUUUCAACAAUCAAUAGGGGUGGAUUCACUGUCUUUCUUGAGGACAACCCCGCGAAGAUCAAACUUUAUAACUCCACAAGUAAUGCUGAUAGUACUCGAAUUCACAGAGUCGAGUAUCAAACAGUUGCUAGAGAUGCAUACAAGAUUUUAAAACAUGCUAGACAAAACCAGAAAGACUGCUACAUUUCAGCAACAGCUAGGCCUAGUAGUUCAAAACAUGAUGUGCAUAGUAAUUCAUCAAGAAAGUGCAAAUUUAUGUCACUUGUCACAAAUGUUCCCAAGGAAGUGUAUGAAGUGAAGUGGGAUUUGGUGAUUGUUGAUGGACCAGAAGGCGAUAAACCGGAAUCACCAGGAAGAAUGGCUGCAAUUUAUAUUGCUGGUGUACUGGCAAGAAGAAGCAAGAACAAGAAUGGGACUCAUGUAUUGGUACAUGAUGUUGAUAGAAUGAUUGAGAAGUGGUUUUCUUGGGAAUUCUUAUGUGACACUAAUUUGUUUUCUUCUAAAGGGAAAUUCUGGGAUUUUAACAUACUAAUAAAACCAAAUGCAACUACUUUUUGUCCUUCAUAAUUGGACAUAUAUAGUCUGCUAUCGUAGAAAAAAAUUCUUUUGUUUGCUGUUAGAUAUAGGCAUACAGCUUAUGUUUAUUUCAUUACUAUAUUAUCUUACCUUAAUUAUGUUGAGAGCACAAAUUUGUAAAUUAGCUCCCUUCUAUACAUGUUUUAACUU